UUGUAAACUUCUUGAUGGAAGAAGAAGAAAAAUGGAUUAUUUGAGGGGGAAAAUAAAGGGAAAGUACUCCCAACCCUCCUGGGAAUCCUACCAGGGGUCCCUGGAGACUCCACUAUCCCCUAUUUUACCCCUGAGAAGAAAGAUUUCCCCUCUAUUCCCCCGAAGAAGUACUGGGCGAAGGGAAGGAUCGGAAAAAAGCCGAUUCUCUAGCCGGGAUAGGACCAUUAGGAGCAGGAGGGAGUCCCUAGAUAAUCAGGCUCCAACUAGAUCCAGCUCCAGGAAUGGAUCAGAUCAGCUCCAUUCAACCUACAGAUCCAGCCCUACCAUUUCAAACUAUACUACGGAUGAUUGCACCUCCAAAUAUUUAAAUUAUAUUUCUAAAUAUUAUGACAAAAGCCUAAAUAAACCCGAAAGAGCCAAACAGUUGGAUCAGAAAGAUCAUAUUGAUCCAAUAGAAACUCUGGAAGGAGUGAAUACAGAUUAUGAAAACUCUAUCCAUGAAGAAUCUACCAGUUUGGAUAACUACCUAGAGACUGAUAUCAGUACCCACGACGAAACAUUAAACUCUAUGAGAGGGAGUAGGUUGGAAACCUUGUGUUCCCGUUGCUCCAUGUCCCCAGCUCCACUGAUAGAAUAUAACCCUGUAGACUACAAGGCAAUGUUUGAGAAGGAGAGAAAAGAGAAGCAGGCUGUGAGUGAGAAAGUUCAGGAGCUGGAGGGUAGACAAAAACUACUGGAGCAGAGCAUUGCAAAGUUUUUAGAGAUCAGACAAGAACUCAGGGAUUUGAAUAGUCAGGCGGAAGAGACGGAUUGUAUGAUAGACAGCAUAAUUCAGGAAGCUGUUCCAGACUUCGGAGGAAAACGUAGACAAACAUUUCCAGAUCAGGAUGAUAGCUAUAAUUCAACUAGAAACCGACUUAAAUUGUUCAGAGGUGGGAGAAUGGAACUUGGAAACCUUGAUCAAAUUUCCCCCACUCCUUCCAGAGGAGAAACCUGCACCCCUGUUUACAGGGCUAAACCUGCUCUUUCAGACCCAGAUAUCCCCGCCACACCCAGCCCGCCCCCUCUGCCAGUUGUAUCCUACACAUGGGAUGAAUGCUCAACCACACCAUCCCCCCUCUCCGGCAGAUAUUCGUAUAGUUCAAGAAUACCAAGCAGAUUGGAUGAACUUAAACUUAAUCUCAGGUUAUAA